CUCCUGGGUCCAUUCUGAUUUAUCCUCCCGGGCGAAAUUAGCGCACCCAUUUACUACGACCGAGCCUUUUCACCUCUGCUAGGGUAAGGUCCAGGUGGCCAUGGAGGACGGCCGCCGCCGCCGCCGCCGCCGCAAGACUGCCCAGAGGGAAACCGCGCCGGCAACCGAGAUCGAUGCCGUCCCGAACGAUCUUCUCGAGCUCGUGUUCCUGCGCCUCCCCUUGCAUCGCCACCUCGUCUACGCGGCGUGCACGUGCCGGCGCUGGCGCCGCGUGAUCGCGGGCGACGUCGGACGCUUCCUUCUCCGGUACAUCUCGCUCCGCGGCCUGUCGCCCGCCCACUUCUGCGGCCACUACCGCGUCGACGAGCGCCACCGGCACCCGCGUCCGCCCGGCGGCAACCCCGUCUUCGUCCCCUCCUCCUCGAGGUGGGUGGCCGCCGCCGUCGCGCGGAACCUCGCGCUCGACUUCCUCCCGCGGCCGGGACUGGCGGGCCGCUGCUGGGAGCUCGCCGACUUCUGGGACGAUCUCCUGCUCUUGGUGCUCCUAGACAAGGAGACAAAUUGGUCGCCGGCGUAUGCCCUGGUCGUCUGCGAUCCGCUCACGGGGCGCUACAGGACCGUCCCGCCCUCGGCGUGGUUCCAGGGCUGCGGUUGCCUGGGCGCCUUCCUCCACGGCGAGGAUGCGGGCGCGCGCAUCAGCCUGUCCAACUUCAGGGUCACGUGCGCGGUCUAUCGCCCUGGGGACGGCGUCGCCAGGGCCUGCGCGUUCUCGUCCGCCGGCGGCGGCCGCUGGAUCUCCGGCGCCGCUCGUAGCAGCAUGGCAGUCUACGGCAACCAGUUCGGGAGCGGCAGGGGGCUGGGCCCCUUCCACUUCGCAGGGAGCUCCUACAGGUUCGCCUACUGGACGGUGGGAGACGGCAUCGUGCUCGCUCUGGACAAGAAGGCCGCCGAGUUCUCCUCCUCCGUCUGGCUGGACGAGUCGAAGUACGCCGCGCUCGAGGACAAGCGACACACCGCCGAGUACGCCUACCAGAGCCCGUGGUUCCGAGCCUGCUUAUCCUAGUUCCUAGCUGCCGCGGCGUCGUUCAGGGUUCUAAAUAAUUCCUUAAUUUGCCGUUUGUUGUGAUGAUCCUAGAGCAUCAUACUUGUGUGUUUGUGGGAAAAUCUCGAUGACCGCUUGUAGGCGUCAAGUGGCAAACACUUUUAGAUGUUCUAUUGCCGUGCAUUCAUAGUUUGUUUAUUUACAACUUCAGUUGGUUGGAUUGUUUGGUUAUUGUUUUGGACAUGAAACUGGAGCAACGAACUGAAGUUUAUUGUUCUAUUGCCGUACACUUUUAGAUGUUCUCGCCUUCAGUUUACUUUCAUAUAAAGGUGAAAUUGUUUGUUU